AUGAAAACUCAAUGGCGUAUGAGCGUUGAAAUUGAUGAGAGUUAUUUAUCUACUUUACGAAAUACAAUUGGUGCUACUAGUUGGUCAGCCGUUACAAGAAAGGCUAGAGAUGAAAAGAGUGAAGGUAAAGAUAAGAAGCUCGAGACUUCCGUCUCCGGCUCUUCUGUCUCUAAUGUACAGUCAAAUUCAGUUUCGAGAAAAACUCCAAGAAUUAGUCUUCCGGUAACAGAUAAUAGCAAGAAAGAUCAGCUAAUUCAAGAUGAAGAUGAUCAGAAUGAAUCUGAUCUAGGAGAGAAUGAUCCCACUAGUGAUGAGGAUGAAAAACCUUCCAUUAGUGGGGUUACCUCUCUUAAAGAAGUUAAAAAAGAAGAUGAAAAUGAAGAUGAAAAUAAAUUCGUUGAAGAUUUAAAUUUGGACGAGAAUCAAGAUGACAUUCUUCCAGAGACAGUAGCUGGACCUUCCUGUAUAAGACGAUUAUCAGAGUGUACUGUCGAUGAGCCAUUUGCUGAUUCUGGAAGUGACUACCUUCCAUCUGAUAGUAGUUCAGCUUCGCCAACACAUGACUCAGAAAAUCAUCGCGUACCAUCUCCUGUAGUUUAUGACAUAGAAGGAACAGCACGAAGAGAAAGAAAACGCAGGCUAGUGGCUAAACCGGAAUUAUGGAAGAAAAAUAAAAUGAAGUUGUUAAGAGUGGCUGGCAAAGAAUAUGUAAACAGAAAAGGUGCGAUAGUAACAGCUAAAUCGCCUGGUAUAGUUAAUUGCAAUAACUGUAGAUAUAAAUGCAGCAUUAACAUACCUAGAGACAGACAAAUAAUAAUUUGUAAGGAAUAUUGGGAAAUGGCUGAUUCAACAAAACAAAAAAUUUUUAUUUGCUCGCUAGUGGAAGAGAAAAAUAUUGACAGAGAAAGAAAUCGUAAUGAUAGAAAAAAAACUAGAAAACACAGUCGUUAUUAUCAUUUACUAAGUGCCUCUAAUAAACGUGUAAGGGUGUGUCAAAAAUAUUUUUGUGCUACAUUUGCAUUCAGUUUUCAAGUAGUUGAAACUGCAUUAAAAUACCGUGGAGACAGUGGUGUUUAUGUCGGCUUUGACCAUCGCAAAGAAAGACCAGCUCCGAAUGUAACAUCUGCUGAGCAAGUUCGUCAUAUUAAGACGCAUAUUGACAUGUUCCCUAGAAUGGCAUCCCAUUAUUGUCGCCGUGAUACUAAGAGGCAAUAUCUAGCAAGUGACUUAAAUAUCAGUGUGAUAUAUUGUUUAUAUUGCAGCAAUUAUUGUCUUCAAAACAAUGUACCAUCUGUAAAGUACAAUGUAUUUCGAUCAGUGUUUAAUAGUUAUGAUCCACCUUUGUCAUUUUAUAAACCGAAAAAAGACCAAUGCGUAACAUGUAACGUUUAUACCAGUGCCACAGAUAAAACAGAAUUGCAAAGUCAGUGGGAGGCACAUAAAGCUAAAGAAAAAAGUGGAAUGGAAAUGAAAGCAGCUGACAAACAGAAAGCAGUUGACAAUAAAGGUGAAACAUUUCGAGCUAUUACAUUUGACUUACAGUCAAUACUAAAUGUGCCUUAUGCUGGUGAUAGCCAAAUAUUCUAUAGACGCAAACUUUCUGAGUUGGCGUCUAAAAUUAUGGUAAAUACUACAUGUGACACCGACGGAAAUCAAGUCAAAUGGUUACAAAUUAAAUGGUUACGCUUUAUAAAGACUAAUCCGUCAACCAUUUUUUUUAAGUACGAUGUUAAAAGUAAUGACUUUUUAAAACUGAACAUACGCGACGUAGGCACUAAACGAACGAGAACACGCAAACAGUAUGAAAAUGUCUAUGAUGUAUCUCUUGAGCAACAGUACACCAGUUUGUUGCCAAUAUCCAACGCAAAAAAGCAUGACCUUUUGUGCCUAUUACGCGAAAAGGUUAUUCCAGGCGACUAUAAAAACUUUGUGGAGAUGUUACCUACAGCCGUGGAGGCGAUAGAUAUUGUCCCAAGUGAAUCUGAUUACGAAACAGACUGA